AUGGAUCAAGACGACAGCAUGCUCUCCACGCCAUCAUCUAAUGCCAACGACGACACCUACGACGAAGAGAACGUCUUUCCCAGCACCACGACCAAUACAACCGCAAACACUACAUACGUGGCUGCCGAAACUCCACAGAACGACCACCUGAACGCAGCAGCACCUGGUGAACUCUCCCCACCACGAUCACAAUCGAUAACAAACACAACCACUCGGACCAACGGUUUUGGUGCACCUAUUGCCGUCGACGAAGCGGAAAUGACGGAGGACGACGAGGCAAUCGAUAUGAAAGGCGACCCUUCGGGCUUCGAACAGGAUGAGAAGAGUAAACCAGGAGCAGGUUGGAAGAAUAAGAAGGCACAAGAGGACAUGCAGCGGAGUUGGGAGUACAUUGUCGAUAAAGAUUUCGAUAUCAAACAGUUCGGUGAUCCUCUAGCUGGAAGACAGAGAUGA